AUGGAUAUGCUUAAGGAGCUUAUCGGCCUAGAGACUUUGUGGAAGGGGACUUUCACAUCGAGGUCAUCUGUGAGUAGCCUUAUGGCUAUUCCGCAAAACUGCUUGGUAUGGGAUGCAAGUUCAUCAAGCAGGUUGAACAUCCUCCGCAGCGUCACGCAGCGGUCCGAUGCGCACACGAUCGAUGACUGGCCCUUAGACCUCCCAAGCACUGCAUCCACGAUCGCGUUCGCAGAGCGCGUAAAAACUGAGAUCAAUCGCCUGAAUGUUUUGGUCGAGAAUGCCGGCAUGCAUUCGCCCGACUGGACACUGUGCGGGAACCACGAGCAGGCCGUGAAGAUUAAUGUGCUGAAAACCUUCCUGCUGGCACUGAUGCUUCUUUCAAAGCUCCGCGAGACUAGAACUGUGUUCGAGGCGCAUCGCAUGACUGUGUUUCCCGAAGUCAAUGCCACGGAUCUUUAUGCGCGGUUGAAGGAGAAGGAGCGGUUCAGACAGCAGCCUAGGUAUCGCGCGACGGGGUUGAUUGGAGUGCUGUUUACGCGCGAACUUGUGCUGCGGCUCGAGGCUAAGCGAAUGGACACGCCUGGUGCGCCUCCGGUGGUUACCAACAUGGCGCCGCCGUUGAUUGUCCGGGCUGUUCAGCGCACGCUCAUGCGGACGGCUGAAGUGAGUGGGAGAACGUUGGUGCUUGCAGCCUCAGCUCCGGAGAGUUCCCAUGGCGAGUUUCAGAGUGAUGGGGCGAACCAGGACGUUGAGCGUUGGAUCUAUACUGAGACUGGGAAGAGGGCACAGAAGAAGGUCUUCGAGCAGACGUUGAGUAUUGUGGAAGAGCGACGGCCGGGUAUCUCUCAUGAGGCUGGGCUCUGA